AAACCCCGUUCCUUGAGAUCUCGCGAUAAUUCGGCAGAGAUCCGUUCGUCAGCAGAAGCGCCUGUAGAGGGAAUAACAACAUCAAUUUACACGGGCUUUUGAAUAUUUCCAGCUCAUAAUUGUCAAAGAUGGGAAGAUAAUACAGAAUUAUUUGGAUCAGCUGAACAGACCUUACUCUGGCUUUGAAGAGGCUCAUGACAGAUAUCUCUUGACUAGCAUAGUAUGACCCAGUACCCACCGCAGACUAGUCGCUCUAACUUCUUCACUGUUGUGAAAGCAGAAGCCUCUUCAACACCACCCAUCUCCACCAACAUGGCCAACAGCACCGUUGCCCCCGGGAAAGUCCCAGGCACCCCUGGACCUGCAGGGAGACUGAGCCCUGAAGGCACUCAGGUGCUUAGUAAGAAGAAACUGCAGGAUCUUGUGCGAGAAAUUGACCCUAAUGAGCAACUCGAUGAAGAUGUAGAGGAGAUGCUGUUACAGAUUGCAGAUGACUUCAUUGAGAGCGUGGUGACAGCGGCAUGCCAACUUGCCCGACACAGGAAGUCAAACACUCUUGAAGUGAAAGAUGUCCAGCUACACCUUGAACGACAGUGGAACAUGUGGAUUCCUGGUUACGGCUCAGAUGAGAUCCGACCAUAUAAGAAGGCUUGCACCACAGAAGCCCACAAACAGAGAAUGGCAUUGAUCCGCAAAACAACCAAAAAGUAGCAAGAUCAGAAGCACCAACAAACUUUUUUUUUU